AUGCAGAGGAGUCAUCAAAUACAGCGAUUUGAUGUCCAACCGGGACAUCAGAAUCUGUCCAUGACUGGCAAAAUGCUCAGACCUCAUUUGCUGCAGAGCAUGGUGGGCCUGAUCAACUGUUGUCAACAUGAGGAAAAAAAGAAAUUCUUCCAUGAGGAAGACAAGACAGUCCUCUGUGAUUUCUGUUUAUUAGCCCCAGAGCACAAAGACCAACAAGUCUUUCCCUUGGAAACAGCUGCUGACAAGAGCAAGGAUAAGCUCCAGGAGACAUUGACUGUCUUAAAGAAAAAAGAAGAGGAAUUUAAAAUGGCAUUGGAUGAAGUGAGAAGGAGAGAGACUCACUGUAAGGAGGCUGCCUCCACUUUGAAACGCUCUGUUAUUUCUGAAUAUGGGAAAAUGCACCGGUUCUUAUGGGAUGAAGAAUAUCAAUACUUGCAAGAAAUGGACCAGGAAUCUAAAGACAAUCUGGUCAAACUGGAGAAAGGCAAGGCCAAGCUGUCCCAACAAAUCCAGAAUCUGCAAGGAAGGAUUGUAGAAAUAGAGGAGAAUUUGGACAAGGAAGGAGGAGCUGCUACUUCAAGAACCAGAGCUUGCUUGCCCUCAGUGGCCCACCUGGUCCAUCACAGGCUUGAGAGAAGUGCUCUUGAGUUUCCCCAGAGGGAUAUAACUCUUGAUCCUGAAUCAGCCAAUCCUCAUCUCAUCCUGUCUGAGGACUUGAGGAGGGUCCAGUAUGGAAGUGUCCCUCAGGACCUACCUGACAACAAAGAGAAAUUUGACAUUGCUCUUGUUGUUUUGGGGGCCCAGACCUUCACCUCAGGCAAACACUAUUGGGAAGUGGAGGUGGAACAUAAGACAGUGUGGGAAUUGGGCAUCUGUAAAGAUUCAAUCAGCAGAAAGGGGAAGUUCUCCUCCUCAUCUGAGGAUGUAAUGACCCUAACAGGCUUCACAUCUAGAAACUGUUUUUGUCUCUGGAAUUCACAAAAAGGCUUUCACUUCAGCUACCCUAUACAAAAAGUGGGCAUUUUUCUUGAUUAUGAAAAGAAACAUAUAGCAUUUUGUGAUGUCACAGACAGAUCCCUUAUCCACAGUUUCUCAAACAUAGCCUUUGAAGGGCCUCUUUGCCUUUACUUUUCUCCUUGUCAUCCCAAUGAAGAAAGUACCCCUGGAUCACUCAUUAUCUGCCAGAAGAGUAAUCAGUAGAAUACAGUCAUCAUUGCUAAUUAGUAUAGGAGACUCUCAAUGACUAAGUGACUAAAUAGGACCUUGAAAAUGUCUUUCUAUUUAUU